UAGGAGGCGGAGGCGGCUGCCAGGAUACUGCUGGACAGUGGGACGGUGCAUGUGAUUGAGACCCCCCAUGGCCCCCUGCGUGUGACGGUGCAAUGCACCACCAACGCCCGCCGGCCCGCCAUCCUCACCGUGCACGACGUGGGCCUGGACAGCAAGAGCUGCUUCUCUCCACUCUUCAGGUUCGAUGAGAUGCAGGAGAUCGUGAAGAACUUCGCUCUGGUCCACAUCGACCUCCCGGGCCAGGAGGAAGGAGCCGCCAUCUACCCCGCCGGCUACCAGUACCCCUCCAUGGACACCAUCAGCGAGAUGAUCCCGUCCGUACUCGAGUCCUUCAAGUUCCGCAGUGUGAUCGGCGUGGGCGUGGGGGCGGGCUCAAACAUCCUCUCCAAGUUUGCGCUGGCUCACCCGGACUCUGUGGAGGGUCUGGUUCUGAUCAACAUGGACCCCAACGCCAGGGGAUGGAUGGAGUGGGCCGCACACAAGUUGGUUUCCGUGGCGUCUUCCGUGACAGAACAGAUCCUGAGCCAUCUCUUCAGCCAGGAGGAGCUGGUGGCCAACACGGAGCUGCUGCAGGCCCAGCGGGAGCGCAUCUCCAAGGCCGCCCACCUGUCCAACGUGGAGCUGCUCUGGAAGUCCUACAACAGCCGCAGGGACAUAACCAUCGACCGCAGCUGUGCAUUCAAGUGCCCUGUGAUGUUGGUGGUGGGUGAUCAAGCUCCAUAUGAGGAUGCUGCUGUGGAAUGCAACAGCAAACUGGACCCGACCACAACCUCCUUCCUGAAGAUGGCUGAUGCUGGAGGUCUCCCACAGUUAACCCAGCCGGCUAAACUGACAGAGGCCUUCAAGUACUUCAUUCAGGGCAUGGGAUACAUGGCCUCGUCCUGCAUGACGCGUCUCUCCCGCUCCCGCACCACCUCCCUCUCCUCCUCCUUCUCCAUGGACGGCUCCCGCUCCCGCUCCCGCACCCUGUCCCAGGGCUCCCAGGGGGGCCAGGGGGGCCAGGGGGGCCAGGGGGGCCCGGUGCCCCCCAGCCCGCCCCAGACCAUGGAGGUGUCCUGCUGAAGAGAGAGAGAGAGAGAGAGAGAGAGAGAGAGAGAGAGAGAGAGAGAGAGAGAGAGAGAGAGAGAGAGAGAGAGAGAGAGAGAGAGAGAGAGAGAGAGAGAGAGAGAGAGUGGGGGGGGUAAAUAUGUUGAGGGGGAGAUAAAGGGUGAGUGUGACAGAGACUCAGAAAGAUCAUUAUUGUAAAUUCCCUCAACCUGUACGGAUGGAGAUUGGGGCGAAUAAUAAUUAAAUCAGCUUAUACUUGUGCACUUUUUUUUUGCCCAUUAUCUGAGCCCCGUCCCAAACUACUGUUUUAAAACGACUGUUUUGAAAACCAUUUUGAAAACAGGGACAUAAGAAACUAGAAGUUUGAAGUCGUCAAACUAGUGGGAGGAAUUGGGAUGAGAGGAGGAGUUAAGGAGAAGGGCGGCGGCCAGCCCUCUCUCCCUCCAUCUAAUUGGACUCUUCGUCAGCCCUUUCACUUUGUGAGGGGGUGGGGCCUGUAUAGACCACGCCCCCUGAUACCGAUAGUUAUAAUGCUGGUAAUGCUUGUGGUAGAUGAAGGUGAUAAUGCCAUUGAUAUUAGUAAUGACAAUAACGUACUAGCAAAUAACUUUUUAUUAAACAAGUUUAAAAUGACAUAGAUGAAAAAAAUAUAUUUAGCAGAAAAACGUAACGAUGUGUGUAUGUCGGAAUAACUUAAGGGUAGUUUUUGUGAGUUUUUUUCUCUCUGUGAAACUUGUUUAUUCUUGCUCUAUGUAAACUGCUCCGGCAUUGGGGUAGGGACUACCGAUUGGUUGAAAUAAUCUCGGGAACAGCCAAUCCCAUGUUGUGACUUCCUCCACCUUGCUGUUGCCGGGCUGUUUUACGUCUUCCAUAAUCCUGUCUUUGUAAGUGAUGCAUUGGGAAUGGAGUUAUAGCGGGGCUUGUCUUGCAGUGGGAAAAUGGCUACCUGGUAUCUGCACAUCUGUUUUCAGUAUUUCUCUCCUUUUUUAUAUUUUUCAUUUUUUGUGCUUGGGUGUAUGUGUUUCUAUGUAUGUGUGUUUGUAUGUGUUCUGCUAGUACGAAUGGUAUAUUUAGAAAAUGUUACCACCCAUAAGCACAAUAUGAACCAUUUUGACACAGGUGUGACUCUUAACGUUAAUUGGCUCUGGCGGCCAUGUUGAUUUACUGCACUCUGGGUUUAUACUGCCGCCCUAGUGGGCUGAAAUGGAAUAGCGCCAUUUCUAAACCAAACUCUUACCUCCGGUCAGACAGCACCUUUCCUAGUAGAACAGCGAUACGCUGCCAAAGUGAACAUUUUUGUUAUUCAUCCAUCGUUGCGGAGUGACACCGGAGGUCUACUUUUCUAAUGCACCUUCUGAAAAAUGUAGUGCAUGGUUAUGAUUUUGAGAGGCCAACUAAACUCUUUCAAUGACCCCGACAGAACUCUGCACCAGCCCCAUUCACUCACUCUUCAAAAUAAAAGCGUGCACUUGAAGAAGUAUGUCCUUUAGCAUUAGCGACCAAAGUAUCUGGGAACACCUAAGAAAAACAAAACAAAAAAAGCGUUUCCUGAAUGACUUGUGCCAAUUGUUUUUGUUAUUGAGAGUUCAGAGUUCCUUAAAUGUCCACACAUUCAUUUAAUUAUAUUAAUUAGGUUAUGAUUAGGAUCCACUGUGCUCAGUUUUAACAGUUGAACUUUUUAGUUCAUUUUUAUUACGAUUUAAAUAUUUAAAUGCUCAAAUAUUAUUAUCAAAUAAUAAUAUCGUCAAACAUUAUAAUUAAUGUCAAUAAUAUGACAAAUUAUAAAUGUUCAGCUCCAAAUAUUGGUACGACAGGACGUUGUCAUUCUAAAGUGCCAGGUUUCUGUAUUUUUCCGAGAGUGCUCCAAAGCUGACCAGUAUGUGAACCAGUUAGCUUGCCCACUGGCCAUAACAAUAAGCCUUUAGCGCAGCUGGACAAUAUUUUUACUUUUAUAUCGCACUAAAGCACAGAAUUUACAUUAGAAAUGCUGUUCUGGGAAUCCCCUGCUUUAUUAUUAGUUAGGGAAGAGGAUUCUCCCUCCUUCUAAGCUCAACACUGCCCUUGUAAACAUUAAUACGUUUAUAGGACCACCCUGGUUUAACCAAUGACGCGCUCGGAUGACCCCUUCACGUUGUGUCUCAAACAGGACCUUUUCUGGUGCGUUCUCCGUGAUAUCUUUUAAUCUAUCACGUUUCCGUAAUGGCUAACGAACGGUAGACUUCUUGGUGUGAAGUUUGAAAUGGUUAUGCUCAGGUGUUGGGUUGAGGUCAGGUUGUGGUGUGGUAAAGAUCCUGGCUGGACUGGAGUAAACCUCUCCUGGCUGGCAUUCAUCAUGGAAAUAACAGCCAUGAGAGGAUUAGGCGUCCCAGUUUGAAACAUGAGUCCUCCAAUCAGGCAUUGGUCCCUUUACCAAAUAAGGAAUAAGAGGUGGGGCAUACAACUGUCCGAAAUAAAGAGAGAAAUAGAAAGUGAAAUCUUUUUUGGUGGGAAAUGAGACAUUUUGUUGAGCUGGGCUGUGCGAAUGUAAUGCUCGUCCUUUUUAUUUUGAUUUGCUUUUACCAUGUUUCUUUUUUUUUACCCAUGUCUCUUUUUAGGGAAAUAAUUAGGUUUUAUCUCUGUGAAGUGUUAGUUUACUGUCCUAGUGUACUCUCAAGUUAGUUGAAAUGUGUGAUAGAUUGUGUGUAACCUUUUUAGGCAUUAGCUUAAUAAGGGAUAAUAGCAUAAUAUAAAUAAAUAACAAUAAAAAAAAUGUUUAAGAGAAUACAAUCAAACUUGUGUGGCUAAUUUCUCUGUGUACUAUGAUAAAGAAAAACAUUAAAUAUUAAUAAAAAGCUGAAGAAGAUUUUUUCUGUCUCUGCAUUU